AUGUCAUUUUGCAAUACUUAUCAUUCCUUCUCUCACACCUUCUAAAUUGGGACCAAAUAUUUACAAUAAAAUAAUCAAAGCAAUUAUUAUGUCCAGGAAGGCAAAUCUAUAUAUGGUCCAUUUAUGAUAUAGUAAGCAGGAUUCUAGAAUCCAAGUAGAUUCAUUGUGCUAGGUAACAUGGAUUCACAGUGGAAACUAAAUAAUUCUCAACAUACAUUUGAGUUCCUAGAAAAUUCUGCUAAAAUCUAUGAAUAGUUCGAUGGAAUUAUUUAUUUAGGAAGUAUGGGUUUUAAUUUAGAGGAUGAGAAUUGUUUGCAGGGUGAUUAUUUUCUAAAGAACAUUUCGACAUUUGCUUCUCAUUACCCUUUUAUGAUUGCCCCAGGGAAUUAUGAUGCAGGACAAUCAAAAAAGUUUGUUUUUAUAAAGUAAUAGUUUAAAAUGCCUAUUAUUUCAGAUUACAAACUUGAUUUACUUGAAUAUUAUAGUUUUGAUGUUGGGUUUGCUCAUUUCAUUUAGUUCAAUCCCUUCUAAUAGAUAGUUAUGGAUAUUUAAGGAUAGAAAAUACUCGAUCUACUUGAUGAAGACUUAAGAAGAAAUCAAAAGCCUUGGAUUAUAGUAUUUACCCAUUAUCCCUUGUAAUGUUUUGGAAUUUCUUAAUGCCAGUUAUUCACUAACAAAUUAUAAGAGUAUAUCAACAUAUUCAACAAGUAUCAAGUGGAUCUAGUAUUGUCCUCAUAUGCCAAUAUUUAUUAAAGAUAUAUGCAAAGCAAUCUCAACUCAUUUAUUCAAGUGAUUGAAGGAAUAAGUGGGAAUGAUAUGAAUUGGGAGAAUGUCUACAUGAAUUCAGAGGAAAUUGUAUAUUAAUCUAAAGAGAUAGGUUUUGGAGAAUUGAUAAUUCAUAAUGAAACUCAUCUCUUUUACUAGCACAAACUAUCUAAGAAUAAUUAAAGCAUUGAUGAAUUCUGGAUUAUUAAGUAGAAUAGGGAAGAAAUUUCACAUUUUAUCAGAAUUACAUUAAUUUUAAUUAUGAUUACAUUUAUUUCGCAAUUAUUUGUAAUAUAUAGAUGUGUGAGAAGAGAAAAGUUAUAAAGGUAAUUUUAGAUAGUAAGUGAAUGA